AUGGCGCGCCGGUCGGAGCUGGCGCUGACGGCGGCGCUGUUCCUGCUGCCGCUGGUCGCCGUCCUGGGGCGCUGCGUGGCCGACGGCUCGCUGUUUGCGUUGCACCCGGCGCUGAAUGCGCUGGCGAUGCUCGUGUGUCUGCCCGCUGCGAUGCUGCUACGCAAGGACGAGAAGGUCCACGCAAAGAGAGUGUGGUUGACCAAGCUCCACCUGCUGCUCAACUUGGCGGCUGGGCUGCUAGUGACUGCUGCAGGGGGCGCAGCUUUCAUCGCCAAGCGAGACGCUGGCCAACAGCACUUCGCGACGCCCCACUCGUGGGCAGCGCUGGUGACGGGCAUGUUCUUCGCGCUCAACGUGUUCCAGGGGCUGCUGCUCACGUUCGAGGGCGUGAAGGCCAACUGGCAGUGGAAGGACGAGACGCAUGUGCUCACAGGUAUGCUGGUCUACGUUGGCGGAGUCGCCACUAUGCUCUACGGGCUGCACACGAGCCACUGGGGCGCCAAGAACUUCUCGCCGGAGCGGCAGUUCCAGCUCACUGUGCUCAUCAUCGCGGCGCACGUGACGCUGCUGGGCAAGUCGCUGGUGCUGCAGCGUCGCGAGAGCCAAGCGCGGAUGCAGAAGGCGGCUAAAGCGCACCGUCGGAACCCUCUCCUGAUCACGAUGGCCAAGAAACUGGAGCUGCUGGUGCUGAGCGGCCUGCUGGGCGCGCCCUGCGCCACGAUCCUCGCCAAGUGCGCGGCGGCGCCGUCGCUGUUCGCGGUGCACCCGGCGGCCAACGCCGUCGCCUUCCUGCUCUGCUUCCCCCUGGGCAUCUACGUUAUGCUGGAGCGCAAGACCGUGGCGGACUUUAAGACCCGCGUGUUCCUGUCCAAGCUGCACAUGAUCUCGCAGGUGCUGGCAAUGCUGCUGCUGAGCGUUGGAGGCGCCGCGGCCUACAUGACCAAGAACGCGUACGGCAAGGAGCACUUCACGUCCACGCACUCGUGGCUCGCGGGCGUGACGGCGACGCUGUCAACGUUGAACAUGCUCGGGGGUCUCGCCACCACCUUCGGAGGCAAGAAGACGAGCUGGCAGUGGAAGAACCCGGGCCACCGCAUUGGCGGCACCCUGGCGUUCCUUGGUGGAGGCUGCAGCGUUAUCCUCGGCGUGUACAGCGGCGGCUGGGGCAUCUCGCAGCUCGGCGAGGAGCUGCAGUUCAAGGUCGCCGGCUCCGUGGCCGCUGCGUACUCGCUGCUGCUCUUCAAAAUUGUAGCGACCAGCAGUGUCUCGACGUCUGCCGAGAAGAGCGACUAA